GUUGAUCACGCAUGCGCAUUAAGUGCUUCCUGUCUAGUAGCACAUGCUUCUCAACAUGGCAGAUACAACUGUUGACAGUGAAAAGGUUCCCCCCCUCCCUGUGGCAUUCAGUAGUAUCAAUGAUGUACGAUUCCAAAAAGAUGUCUCUGAAGAAUCCUCUUUGCAUUCUCCAACAUCCAGCACUACCCUUAUUGAGAAGUAUGAACUCGCCAGAUGUCUGCAAUGGAUAACAAACAAUGGGUUUCAAAGAGUGUCACUUCAGUUUCCUGAUGAAUGUCUGGUCGACUCUGCUGCUAUAACAGCAUGGCUUGAUGGAAAUGUAUCUGGCAAAGUAUUUGUUCUUGGAGACACGUCUUAUGGCAGCUGCUGUGUUGAUGAAGUAUCUGCCCAACACUACACUGCUGAUAGUAUCAUACAUUUUGGCUACACUUGUCUCAGUCCAACAAAACGGUUACCUGUUCUGUAUAUAUUUGGAAGAUAUUCUAUUGAUGUUGAAGAUUGUUGUGCAAAGUUUCAAGAAAUCAUACCAGAUCCCAUGUCAAAGGUCAUCAUCUAUUACGAUGUUAGAUACACACAUGCUAUUGAUGAUUUCAAAGCUGGUAUAACCGUCUAUGAGAAUGUCUUGAUAACUAAACUGAAUGUCCCAACAGAUGAAUUAGCUGAAGAGAAUGACCAAGGAAAUCAAGAGGAAUUCUCAAACCACUCUAUAUGUGGCCGGACAUUUACUGUUCCUGAUAAUGCAACCAUUUGUGACUAUUCUGUAUUCUUCAUUGGUGAAGAAGGAUUACUACUGACCAACUUGAUGUUUUCAUUUCCUAAAUGUCCACUAUUUUUCUACAACACAGUGUCAAAAGAAAUUUGUCAGGAAACAUUAAUUAACAAAAAACUAAUGAGAAGAUAUUACAUGAUUGAAAGAAUCAAAGAUGCCAAUAUUAUUGGCAUUGUAGUUGGUACUCUUGGAGUGUCUGAUUAUCUCCAGUGUGUCCACAGAAUGGAAUCCAUUAUUAAGAAAGCAGAGAAAAAAAGUUACACAUUUGUGGUAGGGAAGCUCAAUGUUGCCAAGCUGUCCAAUUUCUUAGAAAUCGACAUUUUUGUUUUAGUCGCAUGUGCUGAAAACAGUCUCAUAGACUCUAAAGAAUUCUUUAAACCUAUUGUGACACCAUUUGAAGUUGAAAUUGCACUGAAUUCAUCACGAGAAUGGACUGGUGAUUACUAUACAGACUUCCGACAACUUCUUCCUGGUGCCGUAGCCCAUGUUCCUCUUUCUGAUGGCCCAUUUGAUAAUACAGAUGUGUCAUUAAUCACAGGAAAACUACGAACAUUAGGUCAAAGUGAUAAUCAACCAGAACCAUCAGACACCAUCAUUGCCAGACCAGAAGCACUUUCUGUUACCACAGUGAAAGCCAAAGAUGCAGGAGAAUUCCUGGCACAGAGAUCUUGGCAGGGUUUGCAGCCACAACUCGGUGAGACCCCAGUUACCAAGGCAGUCGAGGGCAGCAGUGGUAUCGCUUGGAAAUAUUCCCAUGAAUGUUCAUAACAAUUUGAUAUAUUUAAUAAACAUAAAAUAUUUGAUAAAAUUAAAUUCUUUUCUUUUUGUUUCUCUGACAG